GCUUGAAAUAGACCAAAACAUAAAUCUAACAGAAGAUCAACUACAACAAAAGUUCAAUGAAUUCUUAAAAAUGCAGAUGAAGAGUAAGAAUGCUGAUAAACCUGACCCAGAGCCUCAAAAAGAAACAUUACAAGGAAUUUUCAACUCAGUCGCUCCUCUUACUGAGGUUUCGUCAAACCUUCCAGCUCCAUCAGCCAAAAAGGAUCCUACUAAAAAGCGCAUUGAGAAACAAGUUGAAAAAGUUCUUGAAGAUUUCAAACAGAAGAAAGACCAACAUUUCCAACGAUCCUCUGUUCAAGCCCAACAAGAAAGAUUAGAAAAUACUAAGGAUAUGCUACAAAAAGAGUUAUCCUUCAUUAAGGAUCCUAACCAGAUCCAGAUAACUAUCUAUUACCUAAGGCAAAGGAAUCCUGUGAAGGAUAUCCCUGAGACGCUAGAGGAGAUGAACCAAAUAAUCCUUCAAAAUAUCCGGUCAAGCAGCGGGGUCCCUAUCACACUUGACGACUUAUCGAUGUACUAUUAUGACAAUGACAAAGAUAGAUGCCUUAUUGAGAAUCAGGAAGAUCUAGAAGUUGCUUACCAACUUGCGAAGAAAGCUAAGCCCCAGCAUCUCAAAAUUAUCCUAAAUAUCAAAAGAGGACUGAAGAAAAAGGAAAAUAAAUGCAAUGAUUCCUCAGAAGAUGACGACGCUUAUAAAGGAAAUCAUGACCAAAAGCAUGACUCAGACUCUACUGAUAGUGAAGAUGCAACAAAUGAGAUAUUCUGACUCAAGGAAUGUCUAAAACGAACAGAAAGGAUCAUGAGAGAUGGCUAUUGAUACUGGUCACUUUCUCCUAUAAAAGCGAGUAUGAUUAACAAAAGACAACAUUUAAAACUUUUUCGAUGUGAAGAGUACUCAAGGAAGAAAUGCCAAGGUACUUGGGCUACUAAUCCAUUACUUUUCAAUGGAGAGUAUGGAAAGCUUGUCUGAAAUCAUAAUAUUCCACAUGGAGAGCAUAAAAGUAUCACAUCUCAAACUGUAGUUGAAAAGUAUGCUAAAACCCUUGGGGUUAGCUCUUGAGGAAGUGAUCAAAUAAUAGAUAAACAAGAAGUAUUGCAGUUAAUUGAGCAUCUUGCAAUGCAGGAUAUUAGUUUAACUACUAAUCAAAUCAUACCAGUUAUUAAGAGAAUGUUUCCAAAUGCAGAGAUGGUUUCAAAGAGGCAAAUAGCUGCUAGGUUAACAAGAGUCAGAGGAACUAAAGUUAAUGCUUCAUGGCAACCUGCUCAAUAUUAUGUGAAUUGAAUUAAAACAUACAGAAAUACACCGUUUGCAAGGAAUAAUUCAAUGUCUCUGAUUGAUGGAAUGACAAAGCACUUCUUAUACUUUUAUUCUGAUUUCCAAGAGAAAGUUAUAUAUGAGGUUAGAGAUGAUCCAAACCUUCAUAUCUUCUUUGAUGGAACCUUCAAAUGAUGCCCAAAAAUAUGGAGUCAACUGUUUAAUAUUUGAGUAUUUCAUCGGGGAAAGAAUCUCUACAUUCCUGUAGUUCAUGUUCUCAUGCAGACAGAGAAGUAUGAAGGAUACAAAACUGUGUUUAAAUGGUUCCAAAAUAUUUUCAAUCUUAGGCCAAAAUUCGUCACUUGAGAUUUUGAGCUGAGCUUGAUAAGAUGAAUGAAAGAGACAUACCCAGAUGCGAUGAUAGUCCCUUGAUUUUUCCAUUUUGCAAAAUGACUUUGGACAAAUGGAGCUAAGUGUGGACUCAGAAAAACAAACAUGCUUCCAUUGACGAAGCAGCUAAUGUUCUCUCUGAAAGGAUUAGCCUUUAGAAGAUCAGCUUCAGUUUACCGUAGAUUUGAAUGGCUCAAGGAGAAUUGCAUCAAGAAGUGAUCAAACUUUAAAGCUUUCUUUGAAUACUUUGAACACACCUGGAUGGAUGGUAUCUUCAAGAUCCAAGAUUGGAAUUACCAUGAUAAGAUACAGCACUUUGAAGAUCUAGCUGUUACAAACAACGGACUUGAGUCCUUCCAUCAGAUGAUAAAAUCUCAGUUACGAAGAAUUAAGCCAAACUUUGCUGGACUCGUAGACAUUCUAUGUCAAGUAGAAAUGCUCAAGAAGCAAGCUUAUGAUGAAGAUAAAAUUAACGGUAACCAAGAAUUCAAUAGGUGAUGGCCGUCAUCGACAAUUUUCAGAGAGCUUUAUUCCAAAGAAAAAGCUAAUGAAGAAGCUGAAGAAGAUAAAGAUCAUUCUAAAGAAUCCGCUUCAGAACUUUUAAAUAAAAAUCCUUGUCCCGAUUAUGGCCUUAAAGAUCUUGAACAGCUGAAGAAAAAGAAUCCAAAUCUUUAUAAAGAAAAGCUAAAAAGCCAAGAAAGAGACAUCAAUUUCUUGUUUGAAGAUUUUGACGAAGAGGCUUCUCUGUUGAAAACUGAUCUAGGAAUGAUAAAAUAUAACAAGCUUACAAAAGAGCUACAUGAUAAUAAAUCAGUUGACCCAGAUGAUUCUAACUCUAAAGGAAUUAUGUAUGAUUAUUUUACAAAAAAUCACUCAAGCAUGAUCAAACAGUUCAAAUCUUUGGAACAAUUCAAACCGACUACAAUAACAUAUGGAGAAGGGCCUAUCACUGAAGAAUUUUUGCUACAAAUAAAAGAAGACGAGAACCAGCUCCAAGAAUUCCUCGAUGGCGAUUCCAAAUUCACUCCUGCUCCAAGAAGACCUUACACUGACCAUAAGAUAUAA